UUCAAUAAAAAGGCGAGCGGACAACAGAAGCCGCUUCAGUCUCCGCUCUUCGUCUGUGUCUGCUGCUCUUUAGUUUAGAUUUUCCUCCUUUUGUCUUUUGCUACUUUUAGUUUCCUAACUUGUGUUUUUAUUUGUCUGAACUGAAAAUGCUUUCCGCUCGCUCUCCUCUCUCCGUCAGGGAUGAAAACACACUCAGCAGUCAGAUCAACAACAUGGCGCUGGAUAAAGAAAACACGCCUCCGAGUCUGAACAACACGCGCAUCCUGGCGUCUAAAACCGCGCGAAAAAUCUUCGACGAUGCUGCGCCCAAACCCGUGAAGAAGAGCAGCGGCGGUGAGGAGGAGGAGCCUCUGCUGAAGGACAACCCUCGUCGCUUCGUCAUCUUCCCAAUCCAGUACCACGACAUCUGGCAGAUGUACAAGAAGGCCGAGGCCUCGUUCUGGACCGCAGAGGAGGUGGACCUGUCGAAGGACCUGCAGCACUGGGAGUCUCUGAAGGACGAGGAGAGGUACUUCAUCUCUCACGUGUUGGCGUUCUUCGCCGCCAGCGACGGCAUCGUCAACGAGAACCUGGUGGAGCGCUUCACACAGGAAGUGCAGGUGACUGAGGCCAGGUGUUUCUACGGCUUCCAGAUCGCCAUGGAGAACAUCCACUCGGAGAUGUACAGCCUCCUCAUCGACACCUACAUCAAGGAGCCCAAAGAGAGAGAAUACCUGUUCAACGCCAUCGAGACUCUGCCGUGUGUGAAGAAGAAGGCCGACUGGGCGCUCAACUGGAUCGGCAACAAGAGCGCCACCUACGGAGAGCGUGUGGUGGCCUUUGCCGCUGUGGAGGGAAUCUUCUUCUCUGGUUCGUUCGCUGCGAUCUUCUGGCUGAAGAAGAGAGGCCUGAUGCCCGGCCUGACCUUCUCCAACGAGCUCAUCAGCAGAGACGAGGGUCUGCACUGUGACUUCGCCUGUCUGAUGUUUAAACAUCUGGUGAACAAGCCGUCGACAGAAACCGUCACCAAGAUCAUCAAGAACGCCGUCGCCAUCGAACAGGAGUUUCUGACGGAGGCUCUGCCCGUGAAGCUGAUCGGGAUGAACUGUGAGCUGAUGAAGCAGUACAUCGAGUUCGUGGCCGACAGACUGAUGCUGGAGCUCGGCUUCUCCAAGAUCUACCGGGUAGAGAACCCCUUCGACUUCAUGGAGAACAUCUCUCUGGAGGGAAAGACCAACUUCUUUGAGAAGCGGGUGGGCGAGUACCAGAGGAUGGGCGUCAUGUCCGGCCCCACGGACAACACCUUCAGACUGGACUGCCGACUUCUGAGGACAGAGGUGGACCUACACCCCCGACAUAUUUCAGAAACCAGACGCUCCUCUGACAGACGUCGACUCAGAGCAGAAACACUUUGUUUACUGUUGGACUGGACCUGGUUUUAUCGGACCUCAGGUGGACUGCUGGUCAGCUGACAGGUGGUCGAUAAUCUAAUAAUAAUAAUGAGGGAUCUCUCCAAAAAAACACACUUAUUAAGUUAUCUAGAUAACUGAAUGAAAUUAAACUUGGCAGUUAACCUGAUAACUUAGCGAAGCUCAGAUCUGAAUCCUGACUUUAUAUUUAAUCUUUUCCUUUGUAAACUAACUUUGUAGAGUUUGUUGUUUUUAUAAAAUCUUGUACAUUAGUUUGUUUUAUGACGAGUUUUACCGUGUUUGUACAGUUAUUUAGUUUAUUUGUAAUAAAGUCACAUUUACUUUA